GCGCGGGGCGGCGGAGCGGGGCCGAUGGCGUUCAGCGCCUGGCAGAUCCUCUCGCCGGUGCAGUGGGCCCGCUGGACCUGGUCGGCGGUGCGGGGCGGGGGCAGCCCCGAGGAGGGGGACGGCGGGGCCGGUGCUGCCGAGGAGGAUGAGGAGGAGGAGGACCAGGACCCGCCGGCGGGGGGCCCGGCCCUCGGCUUCAGCUCGGACUCCACUGAUAAUUUUGAGACCCCUGAAGCAGAAACACCAACCUGCUCGCCGCUCAAGGAGUUCUGCGAGCCACCAGGAUCACCAGAGUCUGAGGCCGGGACCCAAGAGCCAGGUGGCCAUGGUGAUCUGCUGGUAGGGGAAGCCCCCAGGGACAGCUCGCCUGGGAAGCGCCCCAAAGAUGAGGCUCAACCAGAGACUGGAGCCCCUAAAGCCAGUUUGGAUGCUAAAGGGGAAACCGACCCCGACAAGUGGCCCCUGAUGCAACCCUCGGCCGGGCUGAGCUGCGAGGCUGAGCCUGCUGGCACCACUGUGCCCACGGUGCAGCCAGGCCCCGUGCCCCACGUGGGCACAGCCGCCUGGGAGCAGGUCACGACUGGAGGGGGCACGGUGGACGCUGGCACGGGGCUGCUGGAGCUGGGGGCUCAGGCCCUGGCCCAGGAGCAGCUCGGGAAAGGGAAAACACCUUCACUGGGGAGGAAAACAGAUGAAGCCACAGAGGAGAUCCAGGCAUCCUACCAGCUCGACCCUGAGCAGCCUGACAGGAGUGUGACCCCCUUUGUGGCAGGGGGCUGCCAGCCAGGGGGGGACCCGGCUCUGGAAGCCCCAGAGCUGGUCCCAGAACCCAGGGCUGAUUUUACAGAGGCUCGAGAGAGCGUGGAGGCCAAGCCAGCUUCCCCCAGGAGGGGCAGCAGGAUCCCGGCCAGCAAGCUGACACCGAAGAGACACAGAGAGUCCCCCAAGAAACCAGCCGAGGAUGUGGAGAGGGGUCCCACGGAGCCGCCACCGCCCCGGGGCUCCUCCCAGCCGGGUCCCACGAGCUGGGACAGCCCCGCUCUCCACCCUCUCAGUGGCAGCUCAGCGCUGCAAAAUUCACCGGUUCUUCCCAAGGGCUCUUAUCAGUUUGACCCCAAUAACUUUGACUCCAUGGAUCCAUUCAAGCCCACCAAGACGCUUGCCAGCAGCGACGCUGACUCCUGCUCCACUGCAGAUAACAGCCUCAAUGAAAUCCUCGAAUCUCAGACCCUGGAGAUGCAGGACGAUGCCCUGAAAGGCAGAGACUCCCCCAAGAAGCUCAAGUCACGCCUGAUAACGACUACUGAGCAAGUGAAAUUUCUCUGUUUUCUGUUGAGCGGCUGCAAGGUGAAGCAGCACGAGGUGCAGCCCCUGGUCCUGGACUCCAGCACGCAGGAUGAAGGAGAGUUGCUCUCAGAAAUCCCCGACAUUACAAAUCGGGAUGGACGUGCCACUGAUGAGGAGAAGUUGGCCUCCACCACGUCCAUGCAGAAACCAUCCGGGCUGGAGAAGAAGGCCGAGCCAGAAGAUGACCUGGAGUACUUUGAGUGCUCGAACAUCCCCGUGUCAGCAGCAAAGCACAGGCCAGAGGCAGGUUUUGAAAAGGAGCUCUGCAAGCAGAUGGAAAAAGGAGGGCCUGGCAUCUUCCCUGACAAUCCCGGGCUGUGCUCCACGGACAAGUGCCCCAGCGUGAGCAGGAGCGAGAGUCCCCUGGCUGGCAUCUGCCUCAGCGAGUCCGAGAAGGCGGCCGUGCUCACGCUCAUCCGAGAGGAGAUAAUCUCCAAGGAGAUCGAGGCCAACGAGUGGAAGAAGAAAUACGAGGAGAGCCGGCAGGAAGUGCUGGAGAUGAGGAAAAUCGUGGCUGAGUAUGAAAAGACCAUUGCCCAGAUGAUAGAGGAUGAGCAGAGGACAAACAUGACAUCUCAGAAGAACCUGCAGCAGCUCACGAUGGAAAAGGACCAGGCUCUGGCAGACCUGAACUCGGUGGAGAGGUCCCUGUCAGAUCUGUUCAGGAGAUAUGAAAACCUGAAGGGCGUCCUGGAAGGAUUUAAGAAGAAUGAAGAAGCUCUGAAGAAAUGUGCUCAAGAUUAUCUAACCCGUGUCAAACAAGAGGAGCAGCGCUAUCAGGCCCUGAAAGUCCACGCAGAAGAAAAAUUGGACAAGGCCAACGAGGAGAUCGCCCAGGUGCGCAGCAAGGCCAAGGCGGAGAGCGCGGCGCUGCACGCGGGGCUGCGCAAGGAGCAGAUGAAGGUGGAGUCCCUGGAGAGAGCCCUGCAGCAGAAGAAUCAGGAGAUUGAGGAGCUGACCAAGAUCUGCGACGAGCUGAUAGCGAAACUGGGAAAGUCAGACUGAGCCUCAGCGCCCCUCGCCCAGCACUCUGCACUUGGCUGCUUUUCUCGUGACGUUGAGCACCUUGCCUUACCCCCGGAGUCCCCGCAGAAGAGCUCAGUGUCCAGCUGCCCUGGGCCUGUGGCUCCUGAGCUGAGCCGCUCCCCUCACUGUCCCUGUCUGCUUCCCCCAGCCUGGGGCUGGGAUCCCUGAGGUCAGCCUGGGAAUCCUGGGGUCAGCCCGGGAAUCCUGUGGCAGCCUGGGAAUCCUGGGGUCAGCCCGGGAAUCCUGUGAUCAGCCCGGGAUCCCUGUGGUCAGCCUGGGAAUCCUGUGGCAGCCUGGGAAUCCUGUGGUCAGCCCAGGCCCCUGUGUCCCUGCCAGGGCCUGCCCCGCUGUCCCUCUGCACCAAUGCCACCUCUCAGGUGGGAGGUGACCCCCUGGGCUCUGUCCCCCUUGCUUGGGCUGGGUCUCGCCGUGUCCCCACCCCACUCUCUGUCACUUACUGUCCCAGUGCUCAGCGUGGUGGUGGGUCCUGCCCUGGGACGUGGGUGAUGGCAGGGGUGGGACCCGCUGGCUCCUGCACUGGGGAGGGGGCAGGCGCUGGGGUGGCUGGUCUCUGGUUCGUGGGUGAAGCACAGCACAGCAUCUCCCUGUCCCUGGCUGUGCCAGCCUCGGGGGAAGGGAGCUGACAUCUCUGCAUUCGUGCACUUUAUGAGCAUUGAGGGGCACUUGGGCUCUCUGCUCACUCCUUCCAGUCAGGCACGGUGCAGACACGAGGCACGACUUGUUCCCCCCAGAGCACUGGAGCAGUCACAUAACCUGUGGAAUCUUCAGACCUCCCGGGGGAGAGGGUGAGGGGAGGCAGGAGGUUUCUGCACCAGGAGGUGUUUGAGAGGCAGGGGAGAUGUUGGUUCUGGAGAGCUGGGACUGCCCGUCCGUGCUCCCCGUGCCCCCCCUGCCUGUGGCCCUGGCCCUGCCCUGGCUGGGUGACCUGUGCUGGGCACGAGCAAAGCCAGGGCCGUUGCUGUUGACUCCCUGUGCCCUGGUGAGAUCAGGGCCCCAUUUCAGAGGCUGCAGGAGGAAGGAAGUGAACCCUGAGCUGCCUCGUGGGUACUGCAGUAGCUGCAGUGGUGGAGGAUUCUCUGCCUUGAGUGGAUGGGUGUGAAAUAAGGGAAAUAUUUGCAGUUUGGACUGUUUCCUGCCCAGCCUGUUGAACACUUCCACAAACCUUUUUGCUGCUACCUUUUUGUAACAGAAUUGAGCUCUUUUCCUUCUAUUUUAUAAUUCCCUGUGUUGAGCGUGCAGAGCAAACACCUAUUUAAGCCAGAGCCAUACACUUGAUUAUAUUUUAUUAGUUAUAUAAUAGAGAGAGAGUUUAUUCUACACUUAAGCAAAGGUGUCAGCAGCCUGCCCCAGCACGCAGCUUCCCAGCCUCUUCUCCACGCCCCCAGUUAUCCCAGUGACGGACUGGUCACAGAAGCCAGGGGCUGACACCACUCAAAGCAGUGCACCUGUUGCUUGUGCUGGAUAUUCACCCUUUGCACAGCUGACAGAAAAGAAAAACCCUUUCCCCCCUCACUUUUUAAUCCCUUUGACCUCCCCACAUGUCCCCUCUUGGGCUGGUGAAAAAGUUUCAGUCAUACGAUCGACAAGGACAAUUUCUGUCCCCCUUUGGGAGCCUGUGCAGGUAAAGCAAACCCCUGAGACCCAGAGACUUCUUGGGCAGUUGUCUUUUUCUCUUGAGGAAGCAGAGUGCAGCAUUGCAUAACCUCUCAGAGCCGGGGUUGGGCUGGUUCAGGGCUGGUUUCUGGUUUGGGGCACGCUCCUGCCCGCAGCAGCACCGGCGGUGCCGGUGUGGGGCCGUGGAGCCCAGGUGAGGGAGGCGGGUCCGGGUGGGGCUGUGGCAGCCCUCGGCCUCUGCUUUGCCCAGGGCCGUGAUGUUCGAGUGCUGCCUCAGCUCAAGGUGAGACAGUGAGGUCAGUCUCUCCUUGGGGCGCUGCUUGGCCCUUGGAGCUGAGGGAUAAUCGCAGAAGUUCAGAUUUCACCACUCGGCGCUUCCCCAACCCCUGACCUGCACGCAGCAGUCCCUGCUGCCGCUUUCCCCCGUGGGCUGUCGGCAAAGCACGGCUCCACUGUGAGAAGCCGCGGGGCGCCGUCCUCCACCCGUCGUGUCCCUGCUCCCCAGUGCCACCCGGCCCUGCCGUGCUGCCACCCCCAGCCGGUGCUGCCGCAUUCCUGUGCCUGUCCGCGUGCACCCCAGUCCGGGCAAAGAAGAUUCCUACGGAAUGAUUUAUUAACUAUAAUAUGGUUAUAGUUACCUAUAUAUAAAUACGUAUAUAGUGGGUAGAGCUGUAUAAAAUAGAAGGCGUGUUUGCCAACGGGCAGGAUGGCUGCAGCUCGUGUUUCCCACUCUGACAUGCCGAGGUGAUGGUGUCCCUGUGACUGGCGCAGGGAAUGGCAGGUCCCUGUGCACGGUGUCGCAGCUGGGUGUGUUUGUCGUCUGUUCCUUGCAGUAGGCUUUAAAUGCCCUCUCUGGCAGCGGCGGGCGCGGCCCCGCUGCUGUGUCGCUGUUUGCAGUGUGUGUUUGCCAGCAGAUCUGCCUGUAACCAAGUGCCAACCAGUAACCCCCAACUACUGAUCUCUUCCCAGUACCUCCAGUGUGGCCUCCCCCAGGCAGGAAUUCCUCUGCAUUGACUCCUACCCCUCUGCUUCCAGCCAUGUGUGUAACUGCCAUCGCCAUCGGUUUUAUAUGUACGAUAAUUUCCCUUUUAUAUGUCAGGUAAAUAUUUGUAAGAGUUAUACUCACACAAAUGAGAUUAUUAUAAUGAUUACUAAUAUAUUUUUUUUCCAUGUUUCAUUGCCUGAGUAAAAACUGUGUUUAUCACUCUUGAAA